AAGCGGCAGUUCCGCCUUGUUCAUUGGCAGAAUCCGAAAAGUCCCUUCCCGACCUGCCCCCACGUGACUGCCCCUCCCUUCCAAUCCCGGAAGGCUGCAAGUGGGGAAAACGCCGGCUUGGAGCUCCAGUUUCCCGCACAAUGGCUACACGGAAGGUCGGGGGAUCGAGGGGUCGGCGCCCAGGGACCAUGGUGCCUGGGGAGGCGAUUGAGACAGACUCGGGGGCAUCGUCGUCAGAAGAAGAGGAGCUAUACCUGGGCUCAGCUCCGCUCUGCCGGGGUCGCCCCACCGGGCUGCGCGUGGCCGGGGAGGCAGCCGAGACAGACUCAGAGGAUGAGGAGGAGCCUGCGACCCUAGUGGCCCACGCAGAUCUUCCCCCACUCGUGGUGCUCCGGGGCCCAGAGUGGGCAGCAGAGGAGACUCCCGCAGCCCCUGCGCUCUCAUCACGGGCCUCCCUGCUGCAGCACCGGCUGGCUGAGAGCCAGGCCCGCCUGGGCCACGACGUGAGCUCCGCCGUGCGUGGGGUGUACCGGCGGGCCAGCCGCGAUGUGGCCGGCCUGGCCACUCGCCUGGCCGCUGCGCAGGCUGUGGGCAUGGCGGCAGCACACAGCAUCCGCUUGGCCCGAAGUGACCUAUGCACCCUGGCUGAGCGCCUGGACAUCGUGGCUGGCUGCCGCCUGCUGCCUGACAUUAGAGCUCCCGUCGAGCCGGGCCCCAGCCCUCGGGCCUAGGUUCUGGCCAAAGGGCGCUGGGGAUUCGGGCUUUGAGGGCGGGGAGCCGGGAGCCGCAUCACCAGGGUUCAAUAAAGUGUGUUUGCGCAAA